CUUUCGACGUCACUCUGAUCCCAUUGCCAGUUGGCCUGAUCUGAGCCAGCGUCCCCCCGUCGUCUUAUAAAGACCCAGUCAUCUCAAAUCCUUACAGUAACAACAAUCAACAUGUCUUUCCUUGGAAACCUCUUUGGGCACAAUGACGCCCAGAACUAUCAUCAGGACAUCUACUCUCAGGACUACCAACCCGAGCAGCACCAGUCGUCCUGGACUCAUGAAGCAAUCGCCGCAGCAGCCGGCUUCGAAGCAAUGAAAGCCUACGAAAACCAUCUCCGCAACCAAGGCGGCCCAGUCUCCCACCCCGUCAUGAAAGAACUCCUCGCUUCCUUCGCCGCCGCCGAAGUCGAUAAACUCGUCGAAACAAAGGGACUGGACUACAUUGAUCGUGAGCGUGCGAAGCGACAGGCGGUGGAGCAGGCGAGGAGUUUGGCAGAGGAGAGGUAUGGGAUCAGUAUCAGAGUGGGUACGAUCAAGGCAUGGGCGGUGGUGGACCUCCCGGUGGCCAGUUCAUGGGCGGAGGCGGUGGUGGAUAUGACCAGGGCGGUUACGGACAGCAAGGUGGCUACGGACAGCAAGGUGGCUACGGACAGCAAGGUGGCUACGGCGGACAGCAGCAGUACGGAGGAGGAGGACAGGGGUUACGGAGGUGGUAUGGGCGGUGGAGGAGGUUACGACCAGGGCUUCGGUGGACCCCCUCCUGGUGAGGGACAUCACAACCACCAUCACAGGGAGGAUUAUUAAGCCAAUGCUUGAGUUGGGAUGGAAGUGUAUGAUAUGCUCGUAUGAGUUGGCCAGUUUGACACCAGUGAUAGUACCGUGAAUAUACCAUAUGUCAAAGAUGACAGGUUGUUCGAGCUUCGAUCGAGCGUGUAGACUGAAACUUGUCGCAUGAUU